CUCUCUCUCUCUCUCUCUCUCUCUGUGUUUCAAUGGAAAUUCACUAGUAGUAAUAUAUAUGGCUUUUCGGAGGCCUUGUGUUCUCGCACUCGUCGCGAUUACGGGGUUCAUUUUGAACGCCGUGGACGGCGGGGCAAAGAUUCCGUCGACUCUGGACGGCCCGUUCGAGCCCGUGACGGUGCCGUUUGAUGCCGCUCUGCGUGGAAGCGCGGUGGAUUUGCCGGACUCGGACCCCAGGGUUCAGCGCCGUGUCAAAGGCUUCCAGCCCGAGCAGAUUUCCGUCUCGCUCUCCGCCAAUUACGACUCCGUUUGGAUCUCCUGGAUCACAGGUGAAUCACAAAUUGGUUACCACAUAAAGCCAUUAGACCCGAAAACUGUCUCGAGUGUUGUUCGUUAUGGCAAGAUAAGGUAUCCAUUGAUGCAUGAAGCCAAGGGCUAUUCUCUUGUUUACAGUCAGCUUUAUCCUUUUGAAGGUCUCCAAAAUUACACUUCUGGAAUCAUCCAUCAUGUUCGUCUCACCGGGUUGAACCCAAAAACACAGUACUAUUAUCGAUGUGGAGAUCCCUCUAUACCAGCCAUGAGUAAAAUCUUCUCCUUCAAGACUAUGCCAAUUUCCAGUCCAAAGAACUAUCCAGACAGAAUAGCAGUUUUUGGAGAUCUUGGUCUUACAUAUAAUACAACUACCACCGUCGGUCACUUGAUUAGUAAUAAGCCUGAUCUUGUUUUAUUGGUUGGCGACGUUACUUAUGCAAAUCUAUACCUCACAAAUGGAACCGGGUCUGACUGUUACUCUUGCUCAUUUCCACAUACUCCAAUUCAUGAGACCUAUCAGCCUCGUUGGGAUUACUGGGGAAGGUUUAUGCAGAAUUUAGUGUCUAAAGUUCCAAUAAUGGUGGUAGAAGGGAACCAUGAGAUAGAAGAACAGGCUAGAAACUUGACAUUUGCAGCUUAUAGUUCUCGGUUUGCAUUCCCAUCUGAAGAAAGUGGAUCUUCAUCCACAUUCUAUUACUCCUUUAAUGCAGGUGGGAUACAUUUUAUCAUGCUUGGGGCCUAUAUUGCGUACAAUAAAACAGCGGAUCAAUACAAGUGGCUAGAGAGAGACUUGGCUAAUGUCGAUAGAUCGAUAACUCCAUGGCUAGUAGCUGCCUGGCACCCACCUUGGUACAAUUCUUAUACAGCUCAUUAUAGAGAGGUAGAAUGUAUGAGGGUGGCAAUGGAAGACUUGCUUUACUCUAAUGGUGUUGACAUAGUCUUUAAUGGACAUGUCCAUGCUUACGAGAGGUCAAAUCGAGUUUAUAACUACAAAUUAGAUCCAUGUGGUCCUGUAUAUAUUACAGUUGGAGAUGGGGGUAAUCGAGAAAAGAUGGCAAUUGAACAUGCUGACGAUCCCGGCAACUGUCCAGACCCAUUGACUACUCCAGACGAGUACAUGGGCGGCUUUUGCGCUACAAAUUUUACAUCAGGCCCGGCAGCCGGCAAGUUCUGUUGGAACCGGCAACCUGAAUUCAGUGCCUUAAGAGAAAGUAGCUUUGGCCAUGGGAUCCUAGAGGUGAAGAAUGAAACUUGGGCCUUGUGGACAUGGCACCGAAAUCAGGACUCUUACAGUGAAGUUGGGGAUCAAAUCUACAUAGUAAGGCAGCCUAAUUUAUGUCAUGCUCCUCAAAAGACAACUACUCAUUGGUUUGCAGCUGCUUAACUGCAUUGCUAGCAAAUUCCCCAUCGAUGAAAAUAUUACAACCGACUUCUGAUUUUGUAACCUUGUGUGUAAAUUAUGGAAAAGCCAAGCACUAAAAGAUAUAGAUCGGUAAAAAAGUAUAGGAUGGGGCGGCAUCUUGUCCCUUAUACAAGUGAUUACACUUGAAAAAAGAUGUUUACAAUGCUUCGCUGUAUUUUAAACAGUAAAUAUAUAAGUUGUUAGCAAGCUACUGUUGUUAUAAACUAUGAGGGGAAAUUACACUUGCUCUACUUCAUAGCCCA